UGAUUUAUAUAACUGAGAACAGACUACAUUGAAUGUAUUUUUAUCGCCAUUGCUAUACAUUAGAUUUUCAAACAGGUUUUGGUGAUAAGAUCGAGACGUUACUGAACAGGACUAUAAAAAUAUAUAAAGAAUGCAAAAUUAUCAAAGGUUCAAAAUAAUCAUUUGACGCCAAAGUAAACAUAUAAUUUAGAAAAAAGGCGAAAAAUCUUUUUGGUUGCUACAGAUCCAAAUCAGAACUAAAGGACUGGCAAGCAUGAAAAAUAUAAAAGUGGCAGUUAACUUGUUGGCACUACUUGUUUUGGUGAUUGGGGAAGACAUUUGGUCAGGAAAAUCUCCAGAAAUUGAAAUUGAUUCGAAUAGUGAUUAUAACGGGAAUUAUAGCUCAUAUCCUUCAGCAUCAUACAACGGCGGUAACUUAACAGACGAAAAUGAUACAACACAAAUUCAGAUUCCGAGAAGAAGAGUAUACACAAGUUAUCAGCUAUGGCUGAUAGGUCAUCUGAAAAGACAAAUAGAAUUUGAAUAUAUUCUUCGAGGGGUUUCGCUAUCUUUUGCCUUCAUCUCAUUGUUCUUGUUAUCAUCUUUAAAGGUAAAGUCAUCCCUAAAGUUCUUUAUCCAUCGGCAAAUGCUUACGGCUUAUUGCAUUGCAGAUUCGUUGUUCCUGUUGACUCACCAAGAUGUACAAAUGGCAGCAGUGAAAGUGAAGACGGUGUGUACAGCUAUGACUAUUCUUUCACAUUACUUUAUGACAGCAUUUUUGACGUGCAUGCUAAUUGAAGGUGUGCACAUUUGCGUGAAAUUAACAGCAGUGUUCGACACAGAAUCCAAAGUGAAGCAGUAUAUGUUAUAUGGAUCUAUCGGAUGGGGUUUGCCGCUCCUAAUUAUAACUAUAGAAUUGAUUGGUUGGUUCGACCGAUUUGCAUCAUUGGAAACAUGCUCUUUACUGAACAAGAAAGCUGACCAAUGGUUGUAUAAAGGUCCCGUGGCAGCUAUACUACUGGCAAAUUUCGCAUGCUUUCUAUUCAUAUUGGGUGUAGUUAUGAGAGAGAUCAUCACUUCAAAAAGAUACACAGGUGGUUUGAAGAAGACAGCAGGAACCAUACGAUCAAUGCUGGUCAUUUAUCCUCUGCUUGGUAUCACAUUCUUAAUGGGUUUCUUUCUGGAGUUUGAUGACGUCAUCUUAGGAUAUGUAUUCGUCAUCUUUAACGGAAUUAUAGGGAUUUUAUUUUUCGUCUUCCACGUUGUGUUCGAUGAACAGGUGCGCAAAGCAUUUUUGAAAGAUGUUUGUGGGAAAAAAAAUGCUGUACAUAGUACGGGAACUAUACGAAGUGUGCGAUCAUCGUACAGCCCGCCGUUAGGUGAAGAUAGAAGACAAUCAAAUUUUGACGGCAUCAGUCAAAGAGAUUUAUACACUGGAAGUUCCAAUUUGGCGUUGUCACCAAACAGUUGUCGCAGAAUACACUUGACCGUCCGUCAAACAGAUUCAACAGAGCUGGAAGAUUUAGGUGUCAGGAACUGCACAACAGAUAACAGCUCACUUAGUUCGAAUUAAAAAAGACCCAAGACCUUGUUUUUACAACAUGUGGCAAUCAUUGACAGUGUGUUUUGAUUGGCUGUCGACAAAGAACAAGCCCGUAAAAAUAUAACAUUGGAAUAAAUGCGUUUUGCAAAUUAUAAAAGAUACCUCAUCGCUCUUCUGUUAGAGGUUAAUUGGUGCACAUCGUACGGCAGUUGUAAUGUUGAUAACAUUCUACCUAAAUUAGAAAAAUAGUUCUAUUAAUAGAAUCACUGAACUUAGAAAAAAGUGAAGUAUUUUACGUGGCCAAGUUAAUAUAUUUUUCUUCUA